AUGUGAUUGGCUGAGAGGGGCGGUCAGUAACUUGGUUAAUGUGUUUAAAGAGCAGUAGGUUGCAGAGUCAUGUGGUUUUUGUCUGACUUCGAUCUGACUGUGCGUUUUCUCCUGGUUCUCUGAGCUCACAGCAGAAGUCAUGCGGGGCUGGUUUACCGCAGCAGUCGUUUUGUGGGCUGUCACAGCCACUCAGGGAAAAGUCGUCCCUUCCCCUCCAGACUUUGGGAAAAGCUAUCACGUCAAAGGAGUGAUCUCUCUGCCCUAUGCCGAGAUCAAUGAGCCAUUUGAAGCCUGGUUAGAUCUUGCAGUAAAGUCCAGCCGAAUAGACUAUUAUCAUGGCCAAGUGAUGACAUACCAGCUAGGGGCCGAGCAGCCACUGGGCGUUUCCUAUAAGAUCACCCCUGAGACCACAGAGACUGAACUGAAUGUGAUGAAGUGCUUUCAGGUCAAUGGAACAAAGAACGACACUGUCACACCGCAGGCAUCGCUGCCUGAUGUGCAGGGCUUCCAGUUCCUGAGGAAUGAGUAUUACGAAGGUACCCCGUGUGAAGUCUGGCAGAAUGUGACCACUGUGGGUUACAAGAAGAACACAUACACACUGUGGGUGACCCAUUCAGAGACAGGCACUGAUGGAAAAGAGCCUGCAACACCUCUCCACUAUGAGAUGAUGGGAUACAACACACUGCUGGGGUCUCACUAUGAUAAAUACUUGGUGGACUACAAGGAGUUCAGUACCUAUGUGGACCCCAGCGUCUUCCACCUGCCUGAAGGUAUGAGCUGUGGGGGAUUUCCUGGUCCAGGAGUGGAGCACCACAUUUUAGCCAAUCCAAUGAAAGAUCUCAUCCACACCUCGGCCUCCGGCCACUCACAGCGCAUGUUCAGCCAUUUCAAGGAGAAGUUUCAGCGUCAGUACAGCGAUGAAAGGGAACACGAGAAGAGGGAGCACGCUUUUGUUCACAAUCUUCGGUUUGUCCACUCCAAGAACAGAGCUGGGCUGCCUUUCUCUCUGGCUCUGAACUCUCUGUCAGAUCGCACCAUGUCAGAACUAGCCACCAUGAGAGGAAGGAGAAGAGGAAAGACUCCAAACAGAGGUCUCCCCUUCCCCUCCAGUAUUUAUGAAGGGGUGAAAGUGCCCGACUCCAUUGACUGGAGGCUUUAUGGUGCUGUGACCCCAGUGAAGGACCAGGCCAUCUGCGGCUCCUGCUGGAGCUUUGCCACCACUGGAUCAGUAGAGGGCGCUCUCUUCCUUAAGACGGGCUCCCUGCAGGUUCUUUCUCAGCAGAUGCUGGUGGACUGUUCCUGGGGUUUCGGCAAUAACGGCUGUGACGGAGGGGAGGAGUGGAGAGCAUACGAGUGGAUCAUGAAACACGGAGGUAUCGCCACAACAGAGACUUACGGAGCCUAUAUGGGAAUGAAUGGAUUUUGUCACCUGAACUCCUCACAGCUUACUGCUAAGAUCAAGAGCUACACCAACGUGACAUCAGGGGAUGCUGAGGCCCUUAAGCUGGCCCUCUAUAAAAACGGGCCAGUGGCUGUUAGUAUUGACGCAGCACAUCGAUCAUUUGUUUUCUACAGCCAUGGCGUCUACUACGAACCUGCUUGUGGUAAUACUACUGAUGAUCUGGACCAUGCUGUGCUUGCAGUGGGUUAUGGGACUCUGAACGAUGAGCCCUACUGGUUAAUAAAGAACUCAUGGUCAACAUACUGGGGCAAUGACGGCUACAUCCUCAUGUCUAUGAAGGAUAACAACUGUGGUGUCACCACUGAUGCUACAUAUGUAACUUUGGCUUAGAUUUGUCCUCUCUGCAUUAAUCUGUGUGUUAAAGCCACUAUUUGAGUGCCUGGGGAUGAUUGACAUCUAAUUUGGACAUGCUGAUAUCAUUAUUCCAUCAGAUUGAGCUGCUUGAUAACGUGUGAAAUGUUGAUGUUGAAUGGUGAUGGAGACCCCCUUAAGUUUUUUGGUUUUAACAUCUGUCCUGAGUGAUCUGAUCAUAAGUGGUCAGCUAUAAGUUCAGGUUUCAACGCACCCAAAUAUGUCCUGAGAUCCAAUCACUCAAGACGAAUCCAUCCUGGGCCCCAUAUUAAGAACUGCCAAGUCCUCUGACGUCUCUGACCAGCUUCAGUUUCACAAUGAAUCAUAAGUGUUUUUACACUUCACUCUGUCUAUACAAUGAUUUGUUUUCACCCAUUGCCACAUAAUGAUUGAUGCUUCUUUAAUUGCUCUGUCUCACUCUCUCAAAUUUUAAUGCCAGGUGUGAACACACGUACUUAACCCUCUCCUCUUGUGAUCGUAUCUCUCAGAUGUUAACACCAAGUCUGAACUGAGUGAACUGAAACACAAGAGUUUGCACAAAGACACACAGUUCACUUUGUUAAACAUUGGUUUUUGACAAGUUUAUUGCAGGCAGCACAUGUGAACAGUGCCUUCAUUUUAGCUGUACAAAGUACAUUUCAAUCACAAAGUUGCAUUUGUUGUUCAUAAUUGUUUUAUAAUUUACAUUGUUGCUAAUGCAUCAGGCAGAAAUCAAUCCAAUAAAAAUUAAAACUGGAGAAGCC